AUGACCUUGAACCCCAUUCGACGGCUGGUGAACUGCAAAGAAGAGAGCCCAACGGUUGCUAAAAUGUGGCUUGUGGAAUCAUAUAUUCGUCGGUAUGAUUGGGUUGUUUGUCCAUACUUUGGGUUCUGGGCCCUUGAAAUUUUGUUGGGCAGCCCCAAAACCAAACAUCGUCUUCAAACCAUGGCUGGCAGGGAUCUUCCCUGUUCGUCUAGGGUGGAGCAUGAGAGGAAGCAUAUCCAUACCCUGUCAGAAACCACCCUUGUCAAGCUUGCAGCGGAUCGGGAGCUUCCCUUGUCAGGAUGGGACGUCGAAGAAACCCAGGAUCCUCUUGUGGUGAGUAUUGAAUGCCCCAAAAAGGGGACUUGA